AUUGAGAACCUGCUGGAGCAGUUGAAGGAUAAGGACAAACAGCUGGCUGGACUGAGGGAGAGAGUUCAGGGCUUUCAAACCGACUCCAGCAACACAGACACAGCACUGGCCACGCUGGAGGAGGCGCUGUCUGAGAAGGAGCGAGUGAUUGAGAACCUCCGGGAGCAGAGGGAGCGGGAGGACAGGGUUCGGCUGGAGGAGUUGGACCAGCUGAGGAAGGAGAACCACGAGCUGAAGGACAAACUGUCGCAGAUCCAGACCACAAACCACGGCCUGACCCCGAACCAGAGACCCGAUGGAGAGGUUCCAGCCAAGGUCAACGGUCCACCGGCAGUGAGUCCCACGAGCACAGAGGACGCAGUCAGGAAGUGUCCGGACAUCAACGACCGUCUGAGGCUUCUGGAGCAGGAGGUUUCCCGCUACAGAGAGGAGUCUGGGAGGUCGCAGGCCGAGGUGGAGAGGCUCAUGGCCGCGCUGAGGGACGCAGAGACGGACAAGAAGAUUCCUGACGUGGAGAGGCAAAUCAAGUCUCCAAACGUCCACAAGCACAUGGUUCCGGGGGACAUGAGGACAGACGUCCCGCCUGAUGGACAUCCACACUCUUUAUCACAG